UGUUUUCGACUUGUGUGAUAUAUAUAGUAAAAAACAUAUAUAGUGGGCGCGCAAAGUGUCCCGUCGCUAACAUAUGUUGCUGCGUAAUCUGAAUUACGCGAAAUUUCUUCAUCUUCGUCGUUGCUUUUAUUAAAAGUACGCGUCACCUCGACGACCAGUUUCGCAGUCAAACUCUCGACUUUUGUAGUAAACAAGUAGAUACGCACUCACACGCUCGCACAUACAUACACACCCUUGCGGUUUUACGUGUAUACACACACUCGAUUGGCGAAUUGAUAAUUCGCGCAGACGGCUACUACUCUCGAUUCGUACACAGACACAUACGCAGUUUCGCGCUGUGUGCUGUUGACGCAUAACUUGUUGGAGGCUCGUGCCUGUGCUGAUCUAGUGUAGUGGUAAAAUAUUCUGCGCGCCAGUACAGAGUGUCUGCAAGCCAGAUCGCAGCAACAGUUUAUAAGAGUGCUCUCCGUCCGUGAGAUAUCGUUCGAACGCAGCAAUAUCGUCGCCGUUUUUGUUUCUUAACGAGGACAUGACGUUGUUUUCCACCUGACGUUCGACGAAUUAUAAUAAUAGACGAAAUCAAUAGUGAAAAACCAGCAGCAGCAAACAGCAUCCAGAUAAUCUUGCGUGAUAUUACUACUGGACAUAUUGACGAGAAAAUUUCUGCACAGUCAUGAUGAUCCGAGGAUUAAAGUAUAUCGUUGCCGUCCCCAAGGGUGGCAACAAGAUGUUGGACUUGAAUCUGCGCACCCUCGCCACCCAGGCAGCCGUGAAACAGAAGGAUGCCAAAAAAUCUAGCGAAAAAUCGGCUGCUAAAGAAUCUCAAUCGUUUACGAUGAAUAUGUUUAGAGGUCAUCUGCAGACCAGUCAAGUGUUCCCGUUUCCUCAGCACUUGAGCGAUGAGCAAAGCGAGACUCUGCAAAUGAUGAUCGAUCCGCUCGAAAAGUUCUUCGAGGAAGUCAAUGAUCCUGCUAAAAACGAUGAGAAUGCAUCCAUCGAUAAGGAAACCAUGCAGGCUCUCUGGGAUCUGGGCGCUUUUGGCAUUCAAGUGCCACAAGAGCUUGGAGGUCUUGGGCUCAAUAAUACCCAAUAUGGUAGAUUGGUGGAAGUAGUAGGCUACAAUGAUCUUGGUGUUGGUAUUACCUUGGGAGCUCAUCAAAGUAUUGGUUUCAAAGGAAUUCUCUUAUUCGGUAAUCCAGAACAAAAGAAAAAGUACUUACCACGAGUGACGAGUGGUGAUAUGGCUGCUUUCUGUCUCACUGAGCCAAGCUGUGGCUCCGAUGCCGGUGCAGUACGUACCAGAGCUGUCAAAUCAGCUGAUGGCUCUCACUAUGUUAUGAAUGGCAGCAAAAUUUGGAUUUCAAAUGGUGGAUUGGCUGAAAUAUUUACAGUCUUUGCUCAAGUACCCAUGACAGAUCCAGUGACUGGUGAAACAAAAGAUAAAGUUACAGCUUUUAUUGUUGAAAGAGGAUUCGGUGGUGUUACUAAUGGACCCCCAGAAAACAAAAUGGGUAUCAAGUGCAGUAAUACAACUGAAGUAUACUUUGAAGAUGUAAAAGUUCCAGCUGAAAAUUUACUGGGACAAGAAGGUGAAGGUUUUAAAGUUGCUAUGCAAAUUUUGAACAACGGUAGGUUUGGUAUGGCCUGUGCUUUAUCUGGCACAAUGCAGCAUUGCAUUAAAAAGGCAACUGAACAUGCUGUGCAGCGUGUUCAAUUUGGUAAAACAAUCAGCAACUAUGGUACCAUUCAAGAAAAGUUGGCUCGCAUGGCAUUGCUGCAGUAUGUAACACAAUCUAUGGCAUACAUGGUUUCUGGUAAUAUGGACAAAGGAAGCCAAGAUUAUCAUCUCGAAGCUGCUAUUUCUAAAAUUUUUGCUUCUGAAUCUGCUUGGUGGGUAUGUGACGAAGCCAUCCAAGUUUUAGGAGGAAUGGGCUUCAUGAAGUCAACAGGAUUGGAAAAAGUUAUGCGAGACUUGAGGAUUUUCAGAAUUUUUGAAGGUACCAAUGACAUCCUUCGUUUGUUCGUUGCCCUUACUGGUAUUCAAUUUGCUGGAAGUCAUCUGAAAGAACUACAAAAAGCCUUCAAAAAUCCAACAGCUAAUUUAGGCUUGAUCGCAGAAGAAGUAUCAAAGAGAGCUACGAGAGUGAUUGGUUUGAAUGCUCCAAACAUGACUCCUUUCGUUCAUCCAGAACUCGCAGAAUCUGCAGCUUUGUGUGCCAAGAGUGUAGAAGCAUUUGGCUCUACUAUUGAGUCUGUGCUCGUGAAAUAUGGCAGAAAAAUUGUCGAUGAACAGUUCAUCUUGAACAGGAUAGCCCAAGCUGCAAUCGACACCUACACCAUGUCAGUUGUAUUAAGUAAAGCCAGUGCAUCAGCCAAGAAUAAUGUACCAAGUGCUAAACACGAAAUUAUGUUAGCUCAAGUAUGGUGCAGCGAGGCUUCCAGUCGAGUUGCUUACAAUCUCAAAAUUGUAGGUGCUUCCAAGAAUUUAGACGUAUUCAAAAAACUGAGUUUGAUCUCAAACGAGAUUUGUGAUGUUGGUGGUAUAGUUCACAAGAAUCCACUUGGUUUUUAAGCAGAAAGAGAUAUUUUAAUUGAAUAUAUAUUUUUUAUCUGAUUUUAUUGUAUCUACAUUAUUUAUUUAAAUUAUCUGUAAACAAUGUACAAUAUAUACAAUUAUUUUAUUUAAUCAGUGUCAUGGAAUGACAAAAAAAGCGACAAAUCAUGUAUUAAUACUAAACCAAUAAUUUGGUUUAAGCUGUAAAAAUUGAACUAAAAUAAAAUUUUUCGUAUUAACUCAU